AUGAAAACUCCAAGUGAUUCUCUGCGCUCCUCUCCCUCUGAGCCGCCCUCAGAGGCUACAAUUGAGAAGCCACAAUCCCCAAGAGACGUGCACGGCGUUAGAUGGGCCCUAGUAGUCACUGCAUUGCUUUCGUCCUUGUUCUUGUAUGCGCUCGACAAUACUGUGGUGGCCAAUGUUCAGCCGAAAGUCGUCGAAACCUUUGGUCAUGUUAGUCUGGUUCCUUGGCUGGGUGUCUCCUUUGCUCUGGCGUCAGCGGCUACGACCUUGAUCUGGUCCAAGGCGUAUGGCACCUUCUCCGCAAAGAAGCUUUACAUCGGAAGCACGGUCGUGUUCAUGGGCGCGUCGGCUCUCUGCGGAGGCGCUCCAGACAUCAACAGCUUCAUCGUCGGUCGUGCCAUCGCGGGUGCCGGUGGUUGUGGAAUGUACAUGGGUCUGUUGACAUUGAUGUCAGUGACCACAGACAACAUUGAACGUCCGAAGUAUCUCAGCCUGACUGGGUUCAUUUGGGGUAUCGGCACCGUGCUGGGUCCAGUGGUUGGUGGUGCCCUCGGCGACAGCAAGGCGACCUGGCGUUGGGCAUUCUACCUGAACCUUCUGGUCGGAGCGGUCGUGGCUCCGAUCUACAUCCUCCUCUUGCCCGACUUCAGGCCCCAGAAGGAUGUCCCCAUCCUCAAGCGGUUUGGCCAGAUCGACUACAUUGGAGCACUGCUGUCUAUUGGUACCCUUUUAUGCGCGAUUAUGGCCAUGAACUUCGGCGGCGUUCUGUGGACCUGGAGCAGUUCGAACAGCAUUGGUCUGUUUGUGGGCGCCGGCGUCCUGUUGGUCCUGUUUGUGGUGCAACAAACUUUCAACCUGGGAACCAGCUUCCAGAACCGCAUGUUCCCCAUGCAUUUCUGGAAGAGCCGUACCUUGAUCGUUCUCUUCCUCACUAUGAUGUUGGCGACGUUUGGCAGCUUCAUCGGCAUCUACUACUUGCCCAUCUACUACCAAUUCACCCGCGGAAGCACAGCCGUUGAGACCUCCGUCCAUCUCCUGCCCUUCAUUCUGCUCUUGGUGGCCUUCAACCUGAUCAACGGUCAAUUUAUGGGCAAGACUGGCUACUACUACCCCUGGUACAUUUUCGGCGCUGCUCUCGAGUUAAUCGGCGGUGUCCUCCUCUACACCGUGGACGAACACACAUCCGACGCCAAAAUCUACGGCUACACCAUUAUCCUGGGCACCGGCGUGGGCUGUUUCUGCCAGGCCGGCUUCGCGAUCGCACAGAUGAAGGUCAAGCCGGAGGAGAUCCCCUUCUGCGUGGGCUUCAUGACCGUCGGACAGAUGAUGGGGAUCGUCUUCGGCACGGGUAUAUCCGGCGCCCUGUUUGUGAACUUCGCGCAACAGGCCCUGAAGCAGGUGUUCCCUCUGGCUAGCGAGGACGAGAUCUCCAAUGCAAUCUCGGGUGUGGGGAGCCAGCUCCUCCGCUCUGCGAGUUCCGAGGAAUAUGCAGCCGCAAUUCGUGGUAUCACCGGGGCGAUCCAGUUGGCCUACGUGCCCAUUAUCGCUGCGGGAGCCAUUUGCUUGGUCUGCAGCUUGUUGAUGAAGCAUGAGAAGGUAUUUGUUACUGGGAGCUUCGCUGGUUAA